AUGCCUGCUAUCUCUCCUCUCAGAGUUGUCAUUGUAGGCGGGAGCGUCACCGGGUUGACGCUCGCAAACUGCUUUGAGAAGGCAGGUAUAGACUAUGUCUUACUUGAGAAGGGGACAAAUAUUGUCUAUGAGGGCGGUGCAAGCAUUGGGCUAAUGGCCAAUGGCUUGCGCAUUAUGGACCAGCUCGACGUGUUCGAGGCCAUUCGCAAGACCACAGAACCCUUGGCCGUAACGUAUCACAGGACUCCAGACGGAAUCCCUUAUGGCUCUUCUAACUACAUGCACUCGCUCGAAGAGAGGCACGGCUAUCCCUCUCUCUUUUUCGAACGGCAAGAACUUCUGCAGAUCUUAUGCAACCGGAUUUCGCGGGAGUCAAAUGUGCACACUGCGAGGAAAGUAGUGGAAAUUCAGACCAAUGAACUCGGCGUGAAAGUGAUUACUGCUGAGGGCGACGUCUAUGAAGGAGAUAUUGUGGUCGGAGCCGAUGGUGUGAACAGCGCAGUCAGGCGCUGCAUGUGGAAAGACGUGGAACCAAAACAUCCAACACUAGUGAAGAAAGAAUCCACAGGUGCUUGGCCAGCUCUGUUCUCCGAAUACUGCUGCAUAUUUGGCAUUUCAACUGUAACCGAAUCUUACGAUGGCUUCUCUCCAGGUGUGAGUAACAUUGUAUACGACCGAGAUAUUGCAUUAGGAGCGAUUAUUGGUAUUAACGGAAAGGUAUUCUGGUUUAUCUUCAUCAAGAUGGACGCGAAAUAUUAUGCCCCAAAUAUACCACGCUUCACACCGGCAGAUGCAGAGGCCUUGGCAGAAAAGCACAAGCACAGGAAAAUAUCAAAAGAUGCCACCUUUGAUGACUUGUGGCGAACUCGAUCGAGAUGCACUAUAGUAGCCCUCGAGGAAGGUGUAACUGGGACCUGGUUCAAUAACAGAACGGUUCUAGUAGGAGAUUCGGCACACAAGAUGACGCCCAACGCUGGACAAGGAGGCAACACGGCAAUCGAGAGUGCUGCUCUUCUUACCAAUCUACUGUACCGUGCCCGAGCUGAGAAGCAUGGCGCACCUUUCGCAACGGAAGAUUUCACAAAGAUUUUCGCGGGAUACCAGACGCGGCAGAAGCCGAGGGCUGAUACCAUGUUCGAAGCUUCCAACCUGUUGACUCGACUUCAGACUCAUGAGACCGGCCCUCUGGGGUUUCUAGCGACAUAUGGACUGCCUAUCCUUGGGAAACUAAGCACUGCAGCUAUCUCUUGA